CGGAUGUUCACAACCUGCACACAGUUCAACCACCAGAGAGAGACGUAAUCUGCCAACCGGUGAUGAGCUGGUGCACUAAUGAACACUCGUCGCCGCCACGGUCCUAAAAGCAGCCAGGAUGGGGUGUACACUGGGCCAUCCCAGACCCAGACCCAUUCCCAGCUGGUCCAGCAGCUGGAAACCCCCCUGGCUGUCCCAGCACCCAUUACCCCUCUGGUAGACACUAUCAGCAUGUCCUGCCAAGACCGAACCAACGAGUUUCAGUCUGUGUGCAAGUCCCUACAGGGAAGACAGAAUGGAGCUCAGACCGUCAGACCUGUCAGCAAUGCAAUCAGACAGCGGAGUGAUUUCACUCUCAUGGCUAAGCGAAUUGGAAGAGACCUCAGCAACACUUUUGCCAAGUUGGAGAAGCUCACAAUUCUUGCCAAAAGAAAGUCCCUUUUUGACGAUAAAGCAACUGAAAUUGAUGAGCUCACGUACAUUGUGAAACAGGACAUAAACAGUCUGAAUAAGCAGAUAGCUGGAUUACAGGAACUCGUUAGAUCCCGCAGUGGACAGAAUGGCAGACAUCUUCAGACACAUUCCAACACCAUUGUGGUGUCAUUGCAGUCCAAACUGGCAUCGAUGUCAAGUGACUUCAAAUCAGUCCUGGAAGUUAGAACAGAGAACCUGAAGCAGCAGAGAAGCAGACAAGAGCAGUUCUCACAAUCUCCUGCCUCCACUUCCUCUUUCCAUGCCAACAGCUUCAACACUUCAGUACUUAUGCAGGACGAUUCCAAGAAGAGUGAUGUAUCGAUAGACAUGGACCUCCACUCCAGUCAGAUGCAGUUAAUCAAUGAACGGGAUUCAUACAUUCAGAACCGUGCAGACACUAUGCAGAAUAUAGAGUCCACCAUUGUGGAGCUUGGUUCAAUAUUUCAGCAACUGGCUCAUAUGGUGAAAGAGCAGGAAGAGACAAUACAGAGAAUUGAUGCUAAUGUAGAGGACACUCAGCUGAAUGUGGAUCUAGCUCAUACAGAGAUACUCAAAUAUUUUCAGUCCGUCUCUAAAAACCGCUGGCUUCUCAUCAAGAUUUUUCUCAUCCUCAUCAUUUUUUUUAUUGUCUUUGUGGUUUUCAUGACCUGACAGCCUGCGGUGUGCAAUGGGGCAUUCUCUCCUUUUCAUCAUUUCUUGAUUCUGCCUUGCUCUCCAUUCUGUUGUAAAUCUGCUGCAGAGUGUUUAGUAUUCACUCACUGGAUGCUGAGCUCUUUAGUAAUCUUUUUUUUUUUCUCUCUAGUUUGUUCCACCAAAUUUAUGAAGAUUGAUUUUAGGGAGAUAAGCUGUUUUUCAUAUUCCUCAGUUAAAUUGCAGUAUUGGCAGGACACUUGUCAGUUGUAGUAGAUCUAAAAGGAAUAAAAAGUUAAAUUUAUGUCUAGGUUGGUUCAUUUAAAUUUCACAAAUAGAGGAAACGUUUUGAAAUGAGUUCCCAUAUUUUGAUAUUCUGCUUCACAGAAGUUAUUAAUCAGUAACAACGUAAUAUUUUACAAUUGCUAUUUAAUUCUGUUAUGAAUGUUAGACUACAAAGCACAGCUGCUUUUAAAACAGGGUAUACAUGUCCAGCCUCAUAUCAUUUAGUGCAGCCAACAAACUCUCUUAACGUUGUUCUCUUCAGUUGGAACUAAUGAUCUUGGGGAAAGUGCCCCUUUUUUUUAACACAUUCUGGAAGACUUGCCCAAAAUGUGUAAGGUUUUGUGAUGAGCAUUAAUUAUUGUUUAACAUAGCUUUAAACAGCACUUGUUGAUUAGCUGUAAAAUUAAAAAAAGACCUGUAAUGUGAAUAUCCUUUUUGAGAAAUCUCUAAACUAUCAAGGGGAUAAUGUAUUCAAUUUGAAUUCCUGUUUUCAGCAGGCAGUGAGUGGUAAAGCACCAAGCAGUCUUAAUGACAGAAAUGCUUUUGUGGUGACUGCCCAAAGGUAUUAACAGUUUGCUUUUGUAACAUAUGGUAUUUUGUAUUCACUUAUCACUGUUGUAUCACUUAAAGACAUUUCUGGGGAUCAAUAUUUGGAGCAAGUUGCUUUCUUUUUAAAUCCUAGUCAGAGCAGAGUACAAGCCAUUGACUAAACAAAAAAAAAACUGGUUGCUUUCACUGGUCAUAUAUACGUUUUAUAAAUUAGACUUAAGAAAUCAUGUUUAAUGUUCGAGUAGUUAAUAUCCAUGUCUGUAAUUAUUUACAGUGCUUCUGUAGUAUUUUGUCAUAAGAAGUACUUUAGAGAUGAAAGUUAAACAUCACAUUAAAACAGGAUUUUAUUUUAUUUCAAACUUGUUUGUACACUCGCAUAACUUCUCAAAUAUUGCAUUGGCUGUCUCAGAGGAUCUAUGAGUACAAAGUUUUCAAGAUUUCUGUGUAAAUUUGUGCUUACCUGGACACUCUAGGGUUAGGAAAAAGUGCCACCCCACAAUUUGUGAAAUACAUACUGUAAAGAAAUGAUUCAUGGAAACUGAGAUAUAUACUUUGUUGUGUUUGUUUCUUUACUGUAGCACAGGUGGGGCACAUCUAAUUACUUUUAUGUAAUUCAGAAUAAAGUGGAAUAAUUCUUUUAAAAGAGGAUUUGCAGGACAAUUUUCGAUUCUGGAAAAUAAUCAGUUUAAAUUCCAGAAAGCGUGUAGUAUCAUAAGAGUUUCUUGUGUGAACUGAUGAUGCAUUAUUGCAUAAUAAAUCAUUCAUAUGCAGUUAUAAUAAGAUGAUUAAAAAGUGUGACUUUCAUGCAAUAAGAUCAUGCUCAUAAAAUACUGAGCUUUUUAACUACAUGUUAUAAAUGCUUAAUAAAUACAAUUAUUCAAACAUAUAUUAAUGAAAGCAUAAAAUGGCCUAAUUCAUUAUAUAUGUCUAAAUGCAGAAACAAAACACUAUUAUAGUGAGAUUAAAAGGAGGAAUAAUGUAAUUUUGGUUUGCUUUGUGUUUAUACUCUUAUUACAUUACUGUAAUUUCAUGACUCACUUGUGUAGUCACUUUCCUUGUCACGUUGAUGUCAAAAUAAUGGUGCUACUCCGGCUGCUAUCCCAAAUUAACUAGUCAUAGUUACAUGAAGUUCUCUGCAAAGACAGUUUUCAGCCCUUAAUGCACAGCUUAUAAUGAAAUAAAACCUGAUGACCAGGAAACUAUGCUGCACUUCUAUGUUUUCUACAUUGGAAACUCUUUAAUAAAUGUUUCAAUUAUGUCCACUUUAUACUGUA